GGUGGGAGCAGAAAGGUCGAGACAGCGAUAGGCGAGUACAAGAGUUUUGAAUCUCUAUGAAGCAGUUCUGAUUUCACAACUACAUUAUUAACCAGGGAUGCUAAAACCUUCGAGUGAGAAGUCAAAUGUGUUUUUAAGCCCUGGUUGGUUUCCAACAUGUACAUUUCAUUUGUAAUACUGAAAGUUCACAGUAAACCACGGCGAUGAAUAAAUGAAAGUAAUCACACGGACAAACUUCAACGAAACAAUGCCUCAUACGCAUAUCUCAAAGGAGUUUAAAAUUCUGCAAGACGGGGCAGCAUUUGGCACGACAACGGUGCGAGAAGCUGACCGUGGGGGAGGCGUCUGGCUGAGGCUCAUAAGUGCGCAGACGUGGAAGACUGAUAACGCGAACCUACAGUUUUUAUGCAUGCAUUAACCACAAACAUUUGUUAUCGUUUUGAUAUAAGCGACCAGGAACCAAAAAAAGGACAAAUAUUCUCUAAAACCAACGAAGGAAAAUUGUAAGCCCAGUUCUGCUAGUUUUAAGUGGAACUGGUUUCCCUGGAGAGUAUGAAUCGCUUGCAAUACAGCUUCUGCUUAUAUGGGCGGUUCUGAAACAUCACGACAAGCGUGCGACGUGCAGGGUCACUGGCUUGUGAAAGAGGAAGCGAAUGGGAAGGGAAGUUUUGUCAGGUAAAGUGUGACACCAACUAGUUUGACAGUCGGUUGAAGCUCCUGAGCACUUAAAUAGCUCGCCCCCUGGUGUUGAGUUUUGUGUAGCGCACCCUGGUCAUGUGGCUUCCUCUGUUGGUUGUGGGUGCUAGCCUCCUGGGCUCAGGGGUAGCCUUACUGCUGCUACUGUGGAAGAAAGACGUGAGCUGGAGGCUGAAGGGUCAGAAGAGGCCACUGGGCAGCCUGCUGAGCCACUACCUGGCCCUGAGGGUGGUGGGCUGGCUGGGGAGGCGAGAGAGACAGCGACUGGAAAAGGACACACUGGAUAUAAAGAGGGUGCAGGAGGAGACCUUACUGAAGCACAUCCGCAAGAACCAGAACACAGAGUAUGGACAGCUGUACAGAUUCGCUGAGAUUAAAAAUGCUGAGAUGUUCCAACAGCGCCACCCGUUGACCCGCUAUGAUCACUACAGUGAGUUCAUCAGGAGAGUGGCGCGGGGGGAGGAGAAUGUCCUGAUUGCAGAGAGGCCGUCCAUCCUGGCCGUGACCUCGGGCUCUAGCAGCAUGCUCCUGAGCACCAGAGCCACCGACACUGAGUUCUUUAUGCAGGGGAUUGUGGUGGGCCUGCAUGCCAUGCUCAACACCUUCCCGGAGACCCAGAGCCUGCAGAAAACAGCCAAACUCUUCUACACCCCGACCUGGCAGCAGUCUGAGGCGGGCAUCCCAAUCGGAAUCAACUCCUCGACCCACAACAUCUCCCGCCACAUGCUGAAUCUCUACUCUACACCGGCCCCCGCUUUCCAGAUUCCCACGGAGCCCGAAACGCUCUACAUCCACCUCCUCUUCGCCCUCAAAGACCCCACGCUUGGGACCCUCGAGGCUAACUUCGCCUCCAUCAUCUACUACGCCUUUGAUGUCUUGAGGGAGCGCUGGCAGGAGCUGGUGGAGGAUAUCCGGCAGGGCAGAGUGAACCCACAGCUGGGCAUCGCUGCGGACGUGCGAGAGAAGCUGGACUCCGUCCUCCGACCGGACCCCUGGCGUGCUGCCGAGCUCGGCGCCCAGUUUGAGAAGGGUUUCCAGGGGAUCGCGCGCAGGCUCUGGCCCGACCUCAACCUGGUGAUAACGGUGGACUCGGGUUCAAACUCGCUCUAUGGAGACCUCCUCAAAGGUCAUUGCUGCCAGGGAUUGCCCUUCUAUUCCCCAGUCUACGCUGCCACGGAAGGUCUGAUUGGAGUGAACCUGUGGCCUGGGAGCCCCGAGCGGCACUACCUGCUGUGCCCGCGCUCCAUGUUCUGCGAGUUCAUCCCGGUGGGCAGCCUGGAGGAGCUGCAGCCCCAGACCCUGCUCAUGCACCAGGUGAAGGAGGGCGAGUGCUACGAGCUGGCUGUCAGCAACGCAGCGGGGCUGUGCAGGUAUCGCAUUGGAGAUGUCGUGAAGGUGAUUGGCUUCCACAAUCAGUGCCCCAUUGUGGAGUUCAGGUACAGACACGGUCAGAUGCUGAAUGUACGUGGAGAGAAGACCUCAGAGGAAGUGUUUUAUCAGGCGCUGCAGCGGGCCGUUAAGCUGUGGCCCGGGGCUGAGUUGAUUGACUACUGCUGUGUGGAGAGCGGCCUUCUGGGCCACUUUUCGGGAGGCUCAGACCCCCAUUAUGAAGUUUUUGUGGAGCUCAAAGGAGUCCGGAACCUGUCUGAAGACCAGCGCUACAAGCUCGACCGCUGUCUCCAAGAAGACUCUGCCGUGUAUAAAUCAUUCAGGCUGAAGGGGAGCAUUGGGCCAAUGAGAGUGCAGCUGGUGGGAGGUGGGGCUUUCCGGGAGCUGCACAGUCACAUGCUGGCUUCCUCCUCCUCCUCCCCCAACACCUUCAAAAUGCAUCGCGUGCUGCGCAGGAACGAGUUUGUGCAAUUCAUCCAGGGGAAGAUUGUCUCCUAGUGGAGAAAUAAUAACUAGAAAACCGCUGUUGGGGAGCGUGCAUUUUUAUAAUCCUGGUUAGGCGUUUGAUUGGGCCAUCUGUUUGGAAGUGAUGCAGUGUUAAAAAGCCUUAACCACUGGGGUGGGAAAAUGACAACGGCUGAUUUACAGCUUCUGAACAGCAGGGACUUUUUUGAUUUUGUACCCGUAAAGGCCCGUUUAUGUGUUACAGCCAACUUUACACGGUUAAUAUUUAUUUAUGGUAAAAGUAUAGUAAAGCAUAUCAUGGUAAAGCAAGCUAAAUUCACAGUAUAUAGGCAUAGGAAAAGUAUGGAAGACAAUUCCUCUGAUGCCUCGCUGUUCUUUUUUUUGUAGCUCUGAUAAUAACUGCUGUCCAAACCCAUUCAUUUAUCAGUGCCUCUUUAAGGUGGCUGUGGUGUAUUUAACUGGCCUGGACAGGCUGAGGGAUGAAUGAUGGCUGAUAAAUGAGGGUGGACCUGGCAAAGCUCCUGUCAGCUGCAGUGAUUAGUUCGAAAGACUAGGGUAAGCCUAAUCUUCUCAAGGUCCCUAUUGCUGGGUCUGUAGCUGGUGUAUGCCUUUUAUUUAUAUUUUGAUAGAUGGCAAGCUGUUUUCAGGCAUACACAAAGGGGAUUGGGGAUACCCUUAAGAUGUUAAGCGGGGUUUCAUAAUAGAGAUGCUUCUAAGAAUGGAGAAAGUAACAGAAAAUGCACUCGAAUAUGUUAUGGAUGCUGACACUGACUAGGAUGAUAUCAUACAGUUUCUAUACGUUGACAGAUUGUAAAUGAGCUAAUUUGCACUGGAAAAUUGGGAUUUAUCCAAGGUUAUAUUUAAUCAUGUAUUGUUAAUACAAAUAAACUAGGGAGUCCUCUACAGUAGGAAAAGUAAAAUAGUGAAGUGAUCUUCCCCUGAUCAUAGUCUUAUAAUGUGAACCAUUAAUAUAAAUACAAUGCAGACGGUUUCUGACGUCAGUGUUUUUAAACAAUCUGUCAAACUUCCUUGUUAGAUCUAAGGCUGAUUUCUAACUGAGUAAAUGGUUAAACAGUAACUAUUUAAGAUUAUAUAUAUAUAUAUAUAUAUAUAUAUAUAUAUAUAUAUAUAUAUAUAUAUAUAUAAUUUUUUGCUUAGAUUUAGUUUAUUCAGUUUAUGCCCUCAGGGCAAGCACAGGUACAUCUCAAAGUAACAAUGCAACAGCACAUCCAAAAAUACUACAGAUAUACACACACAUUAUAUAUAUAUAUAUAUAUAUAUAUAUAUAUAUAUAUAUAUAUAUAUAUAUAUAUAUAUAAUCUGCAAAAAAAAGCCUGCCCUACAGAAUAUAACCCGAAUUUUUUAAACAUAAUAACGUAGGUAAUUGUUUCAGUUAAAGGAACAAUGCCAGUAUAUAUCAGCAUUUAUUCAAACAGAAGCAGCAACUGGCCUAAAUUACUUAUUUACAGCUAAAUAACACAGCAGCAAUCUCAACACAGCCUCUUCAUUGCCAUUGAAGACUUUAUCAAAAGGCGUUAAUAGAUUCUUAGGCGUGAUUAACUGCUAUUUAACUUGUUUGCUCACGAAAUGACUUCGCUAAUGACUGAAGACCGCUCAUUUUCAUAUCAUUAUUAUCAACUGAUAUAAACUGCACUGUUAACUGUAUAUCAAGAUCACUGCUCCACGAAAAAUUAUACUGUGCUUUUAUACAUUUCUUAUUGUGUGUGUGUUUAUGUAUGUACAGGGUGAUUAGAAAGUAAGUUGACCACAUCAAUGAUAUGGUGUGUUCCUGUGGUAAACUUACUUUCUAAUCACCCUGUAUACAAUUUUAUUUUUACUUAACUUGCUAUGCAGUAACUAGCUCCUAACUAUACUGCAUGUCCUGUGUUCUGUAUAAAUAAUAAAGGUUUUAAUAAAUGCAUAA